AUGGACCCCCCUCCCCCUCCAGCUGAAGCUGUCGUGUCGUCGACUGCGAGGGCCAACGAUGGCGUUUCCAGUCACAAGCGCAGCGACAGCUUCUCAUCGCAAAAGUCGACCGACUCGCAGACCGCAGCCGAAUUUAUCCGCGAGCAGAUGCAGCUGGAGGCCGACGCCCGCGAAGCUCUGCCCUAUAGCAUCGAAAACUGCACCAAAGUACUCGGUCCGCUUCGCCAGAGCGUCUUCGCCUGCUUGACCUGCACGCCCGCCCCCAAGAACCCCGCCGACCCCUUCACCCCAGCAGGCGUCUGCUACUCCUGCUCCGUCCAGUGCCACGGCGAACACACGCUCGUCGAGAUCUUCACCAAGCGCAACUUCACCUGCGACUGCGGCACGACGCGCCUGCCCACGACGAACCCGUGCUCCCUGCGCAUCAACCCGGCGACCAACACCAAGGGCGGCGUCCACUCGGAGGAGCCCGACGUCAACAACCGCUACAACCAGAACUUCCGCAACAGGUUCUGCGGCUGCGAAUGCGACUACGACCCGUUCCAGCAAAAGGGCACCAUGUUCCAGUGUCUCGGACUCGGCACCACCGAGACGGGCGGCUGCGGCGAGGAUUGGUACCACCCCGGCUGUCUCGUCGGCAUGGGCCCCGCAUGGUUCGAGGCCAUGAAGGAGACCAAGGAACCCAAGGGCGGCGGCAUCGCCAAACCAGGGGACCAGGCGGCCGAGGGUGGCUCACUGCCAACGAUCACAGAGGAUGCUGAGGAGAGGCCCAAUGGCGCUGCACCUGCCGCCAACGAGGCUUCGGCCGAGGCUGAGGACGAUGAGGACGAAGAUCCGCCAAUGCCCCCCGGAUUCCCUGCCGAAGACGACUUUGAAGGCUUCCUCUGCUACAAGUGUGUGGGGGCACACCCCUGGAUCGGGAAGUACGCCGGCACCAAGGGUUUCCUCCCUGCCGUCUUUGCUCAUCAAGAGAAGAAGGCGGAGAGGCCGUCCGUGGAGGAGACGAACGGCACCUCGAACAAGCGCAAGGCGGAGGACGAGCUCGAGGACGAAUCACAAUCCAAGCGCGCCAAGAGCGAGCUGGGUCCCACACCAGACAGCACAGACAAGCCCGCCCCCGAGGCGCCCAGUCACGCCGCUCCAGCGCCAAACGCCGAGCCGGCCGCGGAAUGCAAGUGGAGCGCCCUGCCCGCGCCGCCGGCCGAGGCUUUCUCCCUCUUCUUCGCCGAGACCUUCCGCGAGAACCUAUGCCGCUGCUCCAGCUGCUACGUCGGCAAGCUCAACGCGCACCCGCAGCUCCUCGAGGAGGAGGAGACGUACGAGCCGCCGCUCUCCGACGGCGGCGGCUCCGACAACGGCGGCGGCUCGACCAACGGCAGCGGCAGCCUCCUCGAGCGCGGCGAGAGCGCCCUGCGCAACGUCGACCGCGUGCGCGCCAUCGAGGGCGUCAUGGCCUACAACCACCUCAAGGAGCAGCUGACGCCCUUCUUCAAGCAGUUUGCCGAGAGCGGCCAGGCCAUCGGCGCCGAGGACAUCAAGGCCUACUUUGCCAAGCUGCGGGGUGAUGAACAGGGCAUCAAGGAGGCCGGCGAGGCGGCCGGGGGCCGCGGCAAGGACGGCGACGAUGGGUCCCGGCGGGAGCAGAGCGGCUACUGA